AUGAGGCUGCUGCUGUUCCUGCUUUGCCAGAUGGUGAUCUCGGCUCUGUUUUUUCAUCUGUACAACUACAAGCUCACCUCUCUGCCUUCGGAGGAGAAGCCCAAGCCCGUGCAUGUGCUGAUCCUGUCUUCGUGGCGCUCUGGCUCUUCCUUUGUGGGGCAGGUUUUCGGGCAGCACCCCAAUGUCUUCUACCUGAUGGAGCCGGCCUGGCACGUCUGGAUGAGCUUUCCCGAGAGCACGGCCGUCAAGCUGGGCAUGGCAGUGCGGGACCUCGUGCGCUCCAUCUUUCAUUGCGACAUGGACGUUUUCGAUGCCUACAUGCAACCUGGUCCCCGGAAACAGUCCAGCCUCUUCCAGUGGGAGACCAGCCGGGCCCUGUGCUCUCCACCUGCUUGUAACGUCGUCCCUCAGGGUAGGAUCAUCUCCCAUGCUCACUGUAAGAUCCUGUGUAAUCAACAGCCCUUUGAGAUGGUGGAGAAGGCCUGCCAAUCUCACAGCCACGUGGUGCUCAAGGAGGUGCGCUUCUUCAGUCUGAAGUCUCUCUACCCACUGCUGAGAGACCCGUCCCUCAACCUGUACAUCGUGCACCUGGUCCGGGACCCACGGGCUGUGUUCUCUUCCCGAGAGCACACCACCUCGGAACUCAUGAUUGACAGCCGCAUUGUGUUAGGGGAGAAGUGGCAACGAGCGCAGAAGGAAGACUGGCCUUACCAGGUGAUGCAAACCAUCUGCAAAAGCCAUCAGGAGAUCUUCGAGGCCACAAAGCGUUUGCCCAAAGCUCUGCAGCAGCGUUACCUGCUGGUGCGCUAUGAGGACCUGGUCCGGGACCCCCAGAACCAGACUCAGCGAAUGUAUGACUUUGUAGGAUUGAAAUUCUUGCCCCAGCUCCAGACCUGGGUGCAAAACAUCACCCAAGGCAAGGGCAUGGGUAAACAUGCCUUCCACACAGGGUCUAGGAACGCCCUCAAUGUCUCCCAGGCCUGGCGCUGGACCCUGCCUUUCCACAAAGUUACUCAACUUCAGAAAGUCUGUUCUGAUGCCAUGGAUUUGCUGGGUUACUACCAGGUCUCGUCUGAGCAAGAGCAGAGGAACCUGUCACUGGAUGUUCUGUCCACCAGGCCCCUCUACCAGCAGGACUACCAUGAAGGGUGA